AGGCCUUGCCGGGGCUCCCACGGGCCCUAGGCAAAGACAUUGGGGGUCCCUGGAGUGACUCCCACGUCCACGCCACCCUCUGCGGCUGUGUGGGCCCCGAGGGGCAAUGUCACCUGGUGGCUGGUGAGUGGCUCGCCAUGGCCCGGUCCUUGACCCGGGGCUGCUGUCCCUGGUGUCUGACUGACGAGGAGAAGACAGCUGCCAGAAUCGACCAAGAGAUCAACAAGAUUUUAUUGGAACAGAAAAAACAGGAACGCGGGGAACUGAAACUCCUGCUGCUGGGACCUGGGGAGAGCGGGAAGAGCACCUUCAUCAAGCAGAUGCGCAUCAUCCAUGGUGCCGGUUACUCAGAGGAUGACCGCAGGGCCUUCCGGCCGCUCGUCUACCAGAACAUCUUCGUCUCCAUGCAGGCCAUGAUCGAUGCCAUGGACCGGCUACAGAUCCCCUACAGCAGGCCUGACAGCAAGCAGCACGCCAACCUGGUGAUGACCCAGGACCCCUACAAAGUGACUACUUUUGGGAAGCCAUACGCAGUGGCCAUGCAGUACCUGUGGCGCGAUGCGGGCAUCCGCGCCUGCUACGAGCGCAGGCGUGAAUUCCACCUGCUGGACUCGGCGAUGUACUACCUGUCACGUCUGGAGCGCAUCUCCGAGGACAGCUACAUCCCGACCGCGCAGGACGUGCUGCGCAGUCGCAUGCCCACCACAGGCAUCAAUGAGUAUUGCUUCUCUGUGCAGAAAACCAAGUUGCGCAUCGUGGAUGUUGGUGGCCAGAAGUCAGAGCGUAAGAAAUGGAUCCACUGUUUUGAGAAUGUCAUAGCUCUCAUCUACCUGGCCUCCUUGAGCGAGUAUGACCAGUGCUUGGAGGAGAAUGAUCAGGAGAACCGCAUGAAGGAGAGCCUGGCACUCUUCAGCACUAUUCUAGAGCUGCCCUGGUUCAAGAGCACCUCGGUCAUCCUCUUCCUCAAUAAGACAGACAUCCUGGAGGAGAAGAUCCACACCUCGCACCUGGCCACAUAUUUUCCCAGCUUCCAGGGUCCCCCGCGUGACGCAGAAGCCGCCAAGCGCUUCAUCAUGGACAUGUACGCGCGCGUGUACGCGGGCUGCGCCGAGCCCCACGAUGGCGGCAGAAAGGGGUCCCGUGCGCGCCGUCUCUUUGCACACUUCACCUGCGCCACGGACACGCAGAGCGUCCGCAGCGUGUUCAAGGACGUGCGGGACUCAGUGCUGGCCCGGUACUUGGAUGAGAUCAACCUACUGUGACCAGCCCCGGGCCUCAGUUUACCACCCGGGAUGUCCCGCAGGGCGCGGUCGUGGUGGGGACAGGGCGCCCCCUGGCGGUCGCGCGGGAAACUGCGGGGCGAGGGUUCCCAGUGUCGCUGCUCCCCACGCGGGUCCGGGGCCCAAACGUCUGCAGUUCCUUCCCUCGCCCUCCUUCUAGUUAUUAAGGAAAGGACAGGAGUCGGGCCGUUAAGCCUAGCACUCAGCGGAGGCAGGAGAAUGUCUGCGAGUUCCAGGACCGCCAGGGCUACCUAGUAAAAGACCCUGUGUCAAAGACCCUGUGUCAAAACCAAACAAGACUAGACAGAACCAGUCUGGGGGCCUGUGACUUCCCAGGGUCCCUGUCCACGUCCUCCCAUACGGUCCUCGCCCUGGGGUUAGGGAGUGGGUGGGGGAAGAGCAGAAGUUCUGCUUGCUGUCUACUGACUUGUACUGAGGUAGGCGCCAGCCAAAGACCGUUAUCCACAGCUGUGAGGAGCCCUCCGUCCCCAAACCCCAGCCCAGACACUACUCAAUGCCACCGCACUCCAGGACCUCUGACGAAAGGGGAAACUGGGGUCCGAGAUGCCUCAGCUGGAGAAGACGCUUGCGGCCAAGUCUGACAACCGGAGUUCGGUCCCCGACCCCGCUCGAUGGACACAGGGACGGAGGCGCAGAGCUGUCCCCCAGCCCCGCCGGCGUCCAUGGUAGGGACACAUCCACCCACACAAAGAAAUAAAUGUA